GUCCGCAGUGCGUGCUGAGCGCGGUGAAGAUGGCGGAGGGCGGCGCGGUGCCGAGCGAUCUGUUCCAGCAUGUUUACAGCUUCCUGCUGGACAAUAAGUUCACUAAAGCGGCCAAGGAGUUCAUAAAGCAGGCCAAAGUCAAACCCCAGGACCAAAAUGAAGAAGGACUCCUUGACAUCUUCAAAUUCUGGCUUAACUCUAAAGAGUCGAGAAAGCGCAAGGCGCUUACCAAUGGCCCUGCUGCAAUCAGCGGGCCGUCUGCAAAGAAGGCCAAGCAGGAGAGCUCGAGUAGUGAGGAGUCGAGCAGUGACGAGGAGGACGCGCCAGCUGCCAAGAAAACACCUCAAGUUGCGGCUCCAGCUCCAGUGAAGAAACCAGCGGCUGCAGCAGAGUCAAGCAGCAGCGAAGACUCCAGCGACUCUGAGGAUGAAGCUGAGACUAAAACUCCUGCGAAGAAAGUGGCAGCGGUGAAACCUGCAGUACAGUCUCCUGCAGUGGCAGCCAGGAAAAAGGACACCAGCUCCAGCAGUGAAGAGUCUGACUCUGAGGAAGAGCCGCCCAAACCUAAAACUGCAGGAGCCAAGCCUGCAGCUGCAGCCCCUAAAGCUGUGGCCCCACCCAAAGCCCCAGCUCAGAAGAAGCAAGAGAGCAGCAGCAGUGAGGAGAGCUCGAGUGACUCUGAGGACGAGGCCCCAGCUAAGCCAGCAGUGAAGGCCCCUGCUCAAGUGAAGCCCCCAGCCGCAAAGCCCGCAGCUCCAGCUGAGUCCAGCAGCAGCGAGGACUCCUCAGAUGAGGAGGAGGCUCCUCCCAGCAAAAAGCCCAAAGCAGGUCCAUAUAGUGCUGUACCCCCACCUCCAGCUCAGAGUGCCCCUGUACCAGCAGCCAGCAAAACCUCUAAAGAAGACUCCUCGGAUAGCAGUGAGGACAGCAGCGAUGAGGAGGAAGAAAAGAAAGCUCCUGCGGCUCCUACGAAGGCUGUGACACCCAAACCUGCAGCCAAGAAGGACGAGUCCAGUUCAGACAGCUCUGAGUCCUCAUCUUCCAGCUCGGAGGACGACGAAGAGGAAGCGAAGAAGCCGGCUGCCAAGGCAACACCAGCGAAAGCCGUCCCUGCUAAGGCCACCCCUGCUAAGGCCACCCCUGCUAAGCCUGCUCCUGCUGCGGAGGAAUCUUCCUCCUCCAGCUCGGAGGAUUCGGAUGAUGAAUCGGAGAAACCGCCUGCAAAAGCUCCAGUUGCUAAAGUUACUCCAGCUAAGGCCGCAUCUGCCAAAGCCACUCCGGCUAAACCCACCCCGGCCAAGGCAGCCCCUAAAGCCGCAAAAGAGUCGUCCUCCAGCUCAGAGUCGUCUGAUGAUGAGGAGGAGGCGGAGACUACUGCAGCCAAGGCUCCUGCUGCAAAGGCAACACCUGCUAAGCAGGCUGAUUCCUCAAGCUCAGAUUCUGAUAGCUCAGAAGAUGAGGCUCCCGCCAAGCCUGCGGCCACGCCCAAAGCUGCGGCCACGCCCAAAGCUGCGGCCACGCCCAAAGCUGCAGCUACACCCAAGUCUGCUGCCACGCCCCAAAGCUGUGCAAAGCCAGCUGAAAGCAGCUCAGACUCUGACAGCUCCUCUGAAGAGGAGGAGCCCCCUAAGAAAGCCGCUGCCACUCCUGCCUCUAAACCUGCCCCCAUCCCGGCCAAACCAGCCGCCAAGCCGGCAGAAAGCUCGGACAGCGACGAUUCAGACUCUGAGGACGAAGCCCCGGCAGCUAAACCUGCUGCGGCCGCUAAACCUGCAGCCAAAGCUGCCCCUGCAGCCACUAAACCCGCAGCCAAAGCUGCUGCUAAACCCACGGCCCAGUCCAGCAGCAGUGAAUCUGACAGCUCCGAUGAGGAGGAAGAGAAGGGCAAGGCUCCCCCCGUCUCUAAGCCUGCUGUGACCCCAACCAGCGCUAAGAAGGCUGAGAGUAGCAGCUCGGACUCUUCAGACAGUUCAGACUCAGAAACAGAAGCUCCAAAGACGACGCCGGCCAAGUCUACUGUGACCAACGGGAAAGCAGCUACACCGAAAACUCCCGUCACCGCAGCGAAGACCCCCACCGUAAAACCUGCGGAGUCUUCUUCCUCUAGUGAUGACAGUUCUGAUGAAGAAGAGACGACGAAGGCUGCUGUAAAGACCACACCUGUAGCAAAGAGCACACCAGCUGCCUCAGCGAAGACCAGGCCAGAAAGCAGCUCAUCAGAGAGCUCUUCGUCCGAGGAAGAGGAGGAAACAGAAACUACAAAGACUCCGGUUGCUACACCAGUGAACGGCACAGGAGGCAAGAGGAAGAGGGAGGAGGAUGACACUGCACAGAUAACACCUACACAGAAAAAAAUCACCACCACGCCUCACUCUUUCCCCAAGGCCAAACAGAAGAAAACCAAUGAUCCUUUCCGUAGAAUAAGAGACGAGGAGAUUGAGGUGGACCCCCGCCUGGCAGACAACUCCUUCACCGCCAAGAUGGGAGCCACCGGAGACUGGGGCGAGAGAGCCAACGACGUCCUAAAAUUCACCAAAGGCAAGUCCUUCCGACAUGAGAAGACCAAAAAGAAGCGCGGCAGCUACAGAGGAGGCACCAUCUCCACAUCCGUGAACUCCAUUAAGUUUGACAGUGACUGAGAUCCGAGCCCAUGAGCCUCCGUUUACGUACUCGAGUGAGGUCUGAGCCCUCUGCCUCACUCCCCAUCCAACCCGGGCUACUUUUACUCAUCCAAAACUGGUGUUACGUCACAGGAACUGGCCGCUAGGCUCCUGCAGUGCUGGCCAUGUGUUAGCACUGUACUCAGGCCAGUAAUCAGGAGUCAGAGAAGCCUGCAGUCGGCCAGAGCAGGACAGCAGUCGCCCACAUCAGUUCGCCUCAGCUGCAGUUACAUUGAUCAGCCACAAGGUGGUGCCCCUUUGUUGUUUUUCCUCCUGCUUCUCUACGUAGUAGUGUGUUUUAGUUUUUGUUCCUGGUGACUGAAUACCACACAGAAGUCCUAACAUUAGUUUGCCCAUUUAAGGCUAUUAUAUAAACUGUCUUGGAGAUUUUUUUGAAAGUAACGAUUGUUUCUUCUUUGUUAUGCUAAUCGCGGUUAUGCUCAGAUCCUCACUCUGGAUAUGAGGUGGAUGAAAGGUUUCUUUUAUAUGUACAGUAUCGUUGGAGAGGCUUCAGGUUGAAUGGUGUGAAGUCCAUAUCAGUGUGAAUUUACUGUAGAAAGAAACUGGUUCUUUAUCAUGAUUUAACUGUGCAGCUUAAUGCAGACUCUGGUACAGUAGAGCUCACACCAUUCACAGCCUGGCAGUUUUAGUUUUUGGAGUCUUAUUUAACGUCUGCAGCCAUGUUGUACUGUUCAACAUUUUUCUUUCUUGUAUUAAGGAAAUUGUUUCUAAUUAAAACUUGACUCAAUCUUAA